AUGGUUCUCAAACCUUCAAAUAUCUUUUCAGCUGAACAUCACGUCGCGAGUUUAAAAUACCCUCUUAAUAGUAAAAUGCAACAAUUAAAUAUGGCACCUGUUAUUCAACCUUCUUCAAUACCCACUGUUCGUCAAUCUACAAUCAAUAAUUGUAUUGAACCUGAAGUCGAUUGUACUGACGAUUCUUUACAUGAGGAUGAAUCUCAAUUGACUCCGGAUUCUCCAAAGAGCGGCAUAUUGCCUCAUUUCGAAUACGUAUCUUACGAUAGAGUUCAAGACAUUUAUGAACAACGAAAGGGUCAUUUCUACUUCAUUCCUGAGGGUUUUAAACCUGUUCUAGUUCCAAAUGACUCUAAAGUUCCUGCUGUACCCAAUUUAUUUGAAAAUUCUAAACCCGUACCCUAUGAACCUAAUGUCCCGAGGAUGCUUCCUGAUUCGGAUGCACGUCUUUCUUCAUCCGACCUUCCCUGUAGAGUAGCUGGCUCAAAGAAAGAAAAUUCUGCAAUUGACAAGAAACCUUCAAUACCAUCAAAUGCUUUCAUUCUUUAUCAUCAGGACAUCUCAAACGAUGAUAUAUCUAAAGAAAUUGGGAUGUGGAGCAAAGAUUCUUUAAAACAGCAACAACGAAGACGACAACAACGACGAGGCUUUUAUGCGACUAGAGUAUGUACAAAUUGCCGAAAAAAACACGCAAAAUGUUCUGGAGAAACAACUUGUGAACGUUGUACAUUACGUAACCUUGAAUGUACUUUUAUUGAUUCGAGUAAAAAACGUGGGCCGAAGACGAAUGGUAAACACCUAGAACAGGUUUAUGCUCUUAACGGUCUUGAAAACAACUUUGAAGGAACAUCUAUGUUGUCCUCUGUAAUCCUUAAUCCCAUGCAAGGUCACGCAUCGAUUCCAUCAUCACCAUCAGGAUAUCCACAACAACAACUGGAAAACAUUUUCGAGUUUACUUUUCAUUGUGACUCAUAUGAAGAACCAAAUAGUCACGCUUUUCAAGAAGCCAGUUCAUUUUCUUAUCAAUCAUGGACCAAUACUGAAUACGUUAUGCAAAGCAACAACCUUAUAGACAACACAUUUAAUAAUAAUACUAUCUUUUUAUAUGACAACUUAUUUUUUGAUAAUAACCAUAUGCCAUCAUUCCAUUAUUAA